UGACGAGGUGUAGCGCGUUUGAUAAAAUUCCUUGAUAUAUCAAUAUGUGGUGAUUACUGCCGUGAAUUUUUGCGUUCAGACAGAAUUGUUUCCACAAGAUAUCAAAUUUGAUGGAUUUAAGUUCAUUUGUGCAUAGAUGGCUUUGCGGUAGUUAAUUUGGAUAGGGCAAUUUGCAUCACCUCAAAUGUGGGUGUGAUUUUGAAUUAAAGGAUGGACUCGUCCGGUCAGCCUCGCGUCAUCUCGCGUGACGAGGCUCUGCGGAUCUUGCGAGAGCAGCAGCGGAAGCCGGCGGCGCCGGCGCCGGCGCCGGCCCCGGUGGCCACGCCGGCGGCGGCCGCCAGCCUGCCGUCGUGGCUGCGCGCGGCCGUCAGUGCCACUCCGCCGCCACCGGCCGCGCCCGCCGUCCGGCUGCCUCCAGGCAUCAGCGCCGUGCCACACCCGGCGCCGAGACAGCGCCAGCCGCCCCUGCAGACCGCUCAGCAGCAGCGGCUCUUGCAACAGCAGCAUCAGCAGCGGCUGCUCCAGCAGCAGCAGCAACAGCGGCUCCAGCAGCAGCGACUGCAGCAGCAACAUCAGCAGCGCAUGCAACAGCAGCAACAACAACAUCUGCAGAAUCAGCAGCGGUUGAUUCAGCAGAUCAAGCAGAAAGAGCAGCAGCGACUCCAGCAAAGACAGCAGCCGCGCCAGCAGCAGCAGCAGUACCAGUAUCCCGACCGCGCCUACGCCAGGGGACGGUCCGUCGAUGGUGGAUACCAUGGCGGUCAGGCUGCUGCGAACGCCCCCUCUGAGCAGCCGGCGCAGCUCACCCUACAGCAGGCGAUGGCGCUGUGCCGGAAGCAGGCGGCCGCCGCCCCCGCCCCCGCCCCCGCCGCCGCCUCGGAAGCGGUCGGCGUCGGCUGGAUGGGUGGCUCGACGGAGGACGACGAGCCGCUGGACGCGGAGCCCGUACUGGAGGCAGUCAGCUCGCCGGUGCCCGUCGAGGAGCCCGUUCACGAACAGUACUCGGACGAGGAGCUAGGGGAGGAGGAGGAGCAUUAUUCUGACGAGGAAGAAGGCAGCUACCAGGAGCAUGAAGAGACGGAGUCUGAAACGAACCGGCAGAGGUGCGAUACUGAACCAGCGCCGGCGCAGAAACCGUCACCGGCGCCGGCGGAGACUCCAGCUCUGCCGGCCGGGCUGAAACUGCCGCCUGGUGUGAAUCUGACACGGAGCGGCCCCCCGCCGGCCGCGACACCGCCAGCACCAGUCGCUGCACCAGCACCAAAGGCACCAGCGGCGCCGGCUGCACCCGUCCAGACUGCGGCGCCCCCACCGACGGCCCCGCAGCCGCCGGAACAGCAACAGAACGGUGGUGGCGUGGACCAGCACUACGACGAACUCGGGGAGGAAGAAGAGGACUACGAGAUAGGUGACGAGGGGGAUCAGCUGGGCAGCGAGGAACAGGACGAGGCCGACGACUGGCACUACCCUGAGGAUGAGGAGGAGCAGACGGACCCGUCGCCGGAGCCGCAGCAGCAGCCGCGCUCGGUCCCCCCUCCGGCGCCGGCGCCUGUCCCGGCAUCGUCCGACGAGCCGCGCAGUCUCACACUGCAGGAGGCGAUGGCGCUCUGCCGCCGACAGGCAGCGGGUGCGGAGCCUGCCGAGCCGCCACCCCCUCCUCCGGCGCCGCCCCCGCCCCCGCCGCCGCCCCCGCCACCUCCUCAGCCGGCGCCGGUGCGCCGACCCGGGCCGGCGUCUGCCCGACCGAUGCCGGCCUCCGUGCGUCAGGCGCGCCAAGCUGCGGCGGCGGCAGCAGCGGCCGCAGCAGCUGCAGCUGCACAGACCGCGUCUCCAGCCGCCGUCGUGUCCGCCCCGCAGAGUCCCGUGACUCCUGCACCGGAGGUGCGGACGCAGGCGGCGACUGAGCCCUCGUCUCCGGCAGACAAACAGGUGUCCGCACCAGAGAGCCGUCUGCCGCCGCCGCCGGAACCCGCGCCGGCCCCUACCGAGGCGCCGCCGGCCGCCGUCGACAAGGGACGGGCGAGAGAGGCGGAGGCGCGGGAACAGGAGAGGAUAGAUGAGGAGGAGGAGGACGCUUUGCUGCGGGAGGACGAGGAGGACGCGCUGUUGCGGGACGAUGAGGACGAGUGGGAGCCGUCGGAAGGUGACCUCGAUGACGAGGAUCUGGACGAGUAUGGCGCUGGGGCGUGGCGGGGCGGAGAGGGUGCCGGAGCCUCACCCCAGCCGGCCCAGCCGCCUGUGCCGCAGGUGACACUGCCGCGUGGCAUCCGUGCGGUGCCGGUGCCGCCUGAGCCUAGCGCAGCGCUGGCGCGACUGCCGCCCGGAAUCCGAGCCGUGGCGGUGCCGGACGAGCCCCGGUCGGCGGCGCCGGCGCCAGCCCCGAUACCGCCGGCGCCGCAGAGACAGCCGCACCAGCAGAGACAACCACAGCUGCAGGAGAGACAGUUGCCGCAGCAGAGACAGCCACAGCAGGAGAGACAGAUCCCGCAGCAGAGACCACCUCCGCAGCAACAGCAGCAGAGACAGCAGCCUCACCACCAGCAGCAGCAGCAGCAGCAGCAGCAGCAGCAGCAGCAGAGACAGCAGCCUCAGCAGCUGCAGAGGCCACCUCUUGAACAGCAGAGACCGCCUGCGCCGCCGCCGCAGCGUCUGACGCCGCGCGAUCUGGGCAUCCGACUGCCGCCGGGUAUCGCCGCUGUGCCCGUGGGCCAGUCGGACCCAGAGCCGCCGCCCGCCGCGGACACGACUCCUAAGAGCGCCGCCCCGCCGGCAGCGGAGCCGGAGCCCCGUCACCUGACUCUGCAGGAGGCCAUGGCCAUGUACCGCCGGCAGUCGCAGGCGGCCGCGGAGCCGGAGCCGGAGCCGCCAGCUCCCGCGGAGCGGAGCGACGAGUCCCGAGAGGACUCUGUGCUCGAGGACGACUCGCUGCUGGACGAUUCGCAUCUGGCCGAGGGUGAGGCUCGGUUCAAUGAGGACGAGUACGACGAUGACCUUGAUCAGGAGGACUUUGAUGAGGACGAAGAGCUGAUGAAGAACGGUGGGUGGCAUGACGACGAAGCCUCGCCUCAGUACCAGGACGAGGCGCAGCCGGAGGAGGUUGGUGCAAUCCCCGAACAGGAUCAUGCAGAUGAGCCUGAAGAACAAAUGUUGAUGGCUGGGCCCGACGGGGAGCCAGAAGGUGACGAUGAAUCGCAUCUACAAGACGAGUCACAUGUAGAAGGCGAAGGCGAACACCCAGAAGAGGGCACUUCACAUCUACAGGAGGACGCUUCACAUCUAGAGGAGGACACUUCACAUCUAGAUGAGGGCGCUUCACAUCUAGAGGAGGACACUUCACAUCAAGAUGAGGGCGCUUCGCAUUUAGAGGAGGACGCUUCAAAUCUAGAGGAGGGCGCUUCACAUGUAGAGGAGGAUGCUGCACGUCUAGAGCAGGAAAAGGCGCGUCUCGUUGGGGAGGAAGAAGCGAUGGAGGAAGGGGAGUCGUGGCCGGCUGAAGAUGGGGCGCGAUACGACGAAGGCGAGUCGCGUGCCGAAGCAGAUGGGCAGCAGCUUGAUGACGAGCAAGCACUAAUGGAGGAAGGGUAUGAAGCAGAGAAAAUAGAUGAAGGUGAUGAAUAUUCAGGUCAAUAUGGGGAUGAAGCACUGCCGGAAGAACCCACUCAUGACAACAUGGCCGGUUCACUGCCUGAGCAGACCGGGCCGGCGGACGCUGGAAACGCGACUGCCGCUAGCUUUGACGCAGAAACUGGCGAACAUUUGCAGCAACCUCCAGAGCCGACCGCUGCGGCGCCGGUCGACGGUGAGGCGGCCACCGCCCCUGCUGGUGAUCGGGAUACCGUUCCGAGUCCUCCCCAGCCGGCGGAGGAGGCUGCACAGUUCCAACCACCCGAUGGCAGUAGCGAGGCCCAGUCUCCAGCUGCAGGUUCAACUCACGCCGAUGACAAGCCUGAGCAGCCCAGCAACGAGCAGGAAACCCCAGAAGUGCCGAGCGGCGCUGGUGAUAGCCGUGAUCUCGGGGACCUCCCGGUCUCGGAGGAGCCGCCCUCCGCACCGCCGUCGGUGCCGCCUCCGGGGCCGGACGCGCCGGCCGACUCCGGCCAGCAGCAGCUGGCGGACGACUCGAUCUCGGAUCUGAUCAGCGGCGCCGUGCUCGGUCCGGAGCUGAUGCAGGCUGAGGUGGACGGCACCGCCGAGGACCUGUCCGAGGUCAAGGACAUGCUGAGCAUGCUGGAGGAGAAGCCGGACCUGCUGGACGCCGGCGGCGGCGGGGACGCCGAGCCGGACGAGGGCGCCGAGGACGAGGAGCCGGCCUCGUCAGAGGCGGACGGCAGCGGCUCCGAGUCCGACCGGCGCGACGGCGGCGACGGCAGCGAGGCCGGCAGCGCGGAGUCGGACGCCGCCGGCGACGGCGCGCGAGAGAGCCCCAAGCCCAAGCGGCGCAAGAAGAAGAAGGGUCGCAAACGGAAGAAGAAGCGUGGCGACGGUGACUCUAAAGACGACGACGAGAACGGGCCGCUGAACAAGCGGCGCAACAUCCGCCAGAUCAUGACGGAAGAGAAGCUGGACGCGGAAACGCUGCGCGCACAGGAGGAGGAGAAGGAGCGCCAGCUGCGUCUCGCCGAACAGAAAAAGUGGUACGAGCAGUUCAAGCGCGAGCAGGAGCGUGUUGAGCGAGAGAAGGAGCAGGAGCGGCUGGAGCGCGAGGCGGCCGAGGCGGAGCGCAAGGCCAAGGAGGCAGCCGACGUGAUCGUGCUCUCCAGCGACGAGGAGAAGGAGGAAAAGGAGGAAAAGCCCGAGGUUAAACAGGAGGUCAAGAAAGAGCCGGCGGCCGAGACGAGUGACGACGACAUCCAGCUGCUGAGCUCGGGCGAGGAGGAGAAGGAGGACGGCCACGCCGAGGACACCAACAACUCGGGCUCGCACACGGACGACACGUGCAACGUGCCCGACUCGCUGGGCCGUGUGCUGGUCAACGUGGGCCACCCGCCGGCCGAGAUGGACAUCUUCAUUGCGCCGCAGAUCGCCAGGAACAUCAAACCGCACCAGAUUGGCGGCGUCCGGUUCCUGUACGACAAUCUGAUCGAGUCGCAGGAGCGCUGCAAGACCACGCCCGGCUUCGGCUGUAUCCUGGCGCACUCGAUGGGCCUGGGGAAGACGAUGCAGACAGUGACGUUUACGGACAUCUUCUUGCGGCACACCGGCCACCGCACGGUGCUCAUCAUCGUACCCAUCAACACCAUCCAGAACUGGCUGAACGAGUUCAACUUCUGGCUGCCGGACGCCAACACGUACACGCCGCUGGCGCAGGGCGGCGAGGUUCGGCCCAGACACUUCGCGGUCAGCAUGCUCAACGACUCGCACCGCACGCUGCAGGCGCGCGCCAAGGUGAUCGCCGACUGGUACCGCGACGGCGGCGUGCUCCUCAUCGGCUACGAGCUCUACCGGCUGCUCAACAUCAGCUCGUCGCGCGCGGCGCGCAAGAAGAAGCGCAAGGACGGCUCAGACGACCUGGAGGCCGAGGCCCGGGAGAAGCAGCUGCUGGAGGGCAUCAAGACGGCCAUCACCCGGCCCGGACCCGACCUGGUCAUCUGCGACGAGGGCCACCGCAUCAAGAACGCCGGCGCCAGCAUCUCGCAAGCGCUGAAGAGUAUCCGGACGCGGCGGCGGCUGGCGCUCACCGGCUACCCGCUGCAGAACUGCCUGGUCGAGUACUGGUGCAUGGUCGACUUUGUGCGGCCCAACUUCCUCGGCACAAAAGCCGAGUUCAACAACAUGUUCGAGCGGCCCAUCUCGAACGGCCAGUGCGUGGACUCGACGCCGUCGGACGUGCGUCUGAUGCGGUUCCGCUCGCACGUGCUGCACUCGCUGCUGGAGGGCCUGGUGCAGCGGCGCAGCCACGCCAUCCUGCAGGCCACGCUGCCCAAGAAGGAGGAGUACGUGUGUCUGCUGCGGAUGACCCAGCUGCAGCGGGCGCUCUACCAGCGCUACAUGCUCGACCUGACCUCGCGCAGCGGACAAUCACCCAACCCCCUGCGGGCCUUCGUCGUCAGCUGCAAGAUCUGGAACCACCCGGACAUCCUGUAUAACCUGCUGCGGAAGAAAAUGGCGGACGAGGACCUGGACCUGGACGAGACCAACGACAGCGCCAGCAAUGGCACGGCCAGCCGUCCGCGCCGGCCGCCGCAGGCGCCCGGCGGUCCCGCUGCUGCUGGUGGGCCGGGCGGACCAGGCGGGCCAGCUGGCGGCGGGCCGGGCGGAGCCCCUGGCGGGUAUACCGCCGGGCCGUCCGGCGGACCUCCCGCUGGUGGUUUUCCUGGCGGACCGGGUGGGUUUGGUGGACCUACCGGUGGACCAAGUGGAUUUGGUGGACAUCCUGGUGCACCGGGCGGACAUCCUGGUGGAUUUGGUGGACCUGGAGGUUUCCCCGGUGGACCAGCUGGACCUGGAGGAUAUCCAGGUGGACCUUCUGGACCUGGUGGAUAUAACACUGCAUCUGGCGGGUCUGGUGGUCCUAGCGGGUAUAACGCUGGACCGGGCGCGCCGGGCGGACCCUCCAGUGGGUCUAGUGGUCCCUCUGGGUACAAUACCGGACCUGGCGGACCCUCCGGCGGACCGGGUCCUAGUGGAUACAACGCUGGACCGGGUGGACCGGCCGCUCCUGGUGGAGCUGGCGGACCCCCCAGUGGACCCGGUGGGCCUCCCGGAGCGGCUGGAGCGGCGGGAAACAUGCAGACGCCGCCCGACGCCAGUCCGCUGGAGAAACCCAAAGACGACGGAUUCAUCAACUACGACUGGGCCCAGGACAUGAUGCAGAACUACAUCCCCGGACAGCUGGAGAACUCCACCAAGAUGAUGGUGUUCAAGGUGCUGCUCGAGGAGACGGUCAAGCUGGGCGACAAGAUGCUGCUCUUCAGCCAGUCGCUGUUUACGCUCAACAUCAUCGAGGAGUUUCUGCAGCAGACGGUGAUCCCGGGCCGCAGCGAGAAGUGGAUGCUCAACCAGUCCUACUACCGACUGGACGGCUCCACCACCGGACUCGAGCGCGAGAAACUCAUCAGCGAGUUCAACGCCAGCCCGGCCGUGCCGCUGUUCCUGGUCUCGACGCGCGCCGGCAGCUUAGGCGUCAACCUGGUGGGCGCCAACCGCGUGCUGGUGUUCGACGCCUCGUGGAACCCGUGCCACGAUACGCAGGCCGUGUGCCGCGUCUACCGGUUCGGCCAGCAGAAGCGCUGCUACAUCUACCGGCUGGUGACCGACAACUGCCUGGAGCGCAGGAUCUACGACCGCCAGCUCAAGAAACAGUCCAUGUCGAACCGCAUCGUGGACGAGACCAACCCGGACAACAUGGUGACGACGCAGAGCCUGAACCGGCUGCUGGACCCGACCGAGGACGACCCGCCGCCGGCCACCGUGGCGCCCGACCCGGACAAGUUCUCCGACCCCGUGCUGCUCACCGUGCUCGACAAGCUGGGACACCUCUUCUCGCAGGAACCGUUCGAGCACGACGCCCAGCUGGUGGACCGACAGGACAAGCGGCUGACUCAGGCCGAGAAGAGGCUGGCCAAGCGCAGCUACGAGCUCGAGAAGAAGGCUGCCAACACUGGCGGCCGGCCCAACUACCAGGGCUUCUACCAGCGCGGCCAGCCGGGCGCCUACAGGGGCCUGUACAACAAGCCGGUGGCCAACGUGCGUCCGAUGAUGGUGGGCGGCCGGAUGGUGCAGCAGCGCGGCGGUCUGAACCCGUUCGGCGGCGCGUCCCGGCUGUCCACCGAGCAGCUGAGCCGCCAGGGCGUCUCCAUGUCGCACAUCACCGUGCCCAAAGACGUGACGAUUCCAACCGGGUCCGGGGACGGCGAGCCGAUCCAGCUGCGCGCCGGCCAGACGGUGCUCGUCAUCCGCACUGCCAAGGGCGUCUACCUGCGCCUGCAGGACGGACGCAUCAUCGCCAUCCGCAUGCCCGCCGGAUCCGGCGGCCGCAGUGUGCCGGACCUGCUGGGCAGCUCCAGCCGGUACCAGCCGCGGCCCCAGCCGGCCUCCGCCGCCGGCCCGUCCGGUAUUCGCCUGCCGCGCGGCAUCACCGUCGAGCGGGUCCCGGCCGGCGGCAGCGGCGGCGGCAAGCAGGGCGGCCAGUCGUGGGCGCGCCGCGCCGCGCCCGCGCGCGCCACCGUCAGCCGCUCGGCGCCGGCCCGCUCCGACUCGGACAGCGGGGACGGCGGCCUGAACCUGUCGGCGCUGCUCGGCCGCCAGCCGGCGCCAAAGGACGACAAGGGGAAGGCAGAGCAGCCGGCCACCUCCGCCGCGCCGGCCACCGGUGGCGGCUCUCCUGGGGGCGGAGACGAGAAACAGACCGGAGGGAAGGCGCAGGACGAGCGGUCGGCGUCCCCGGGCGGGACGGCCGAGGACGGCAACUCUGCGCUCCACUACCUGGACCGGGCGCUGGCCGAGUCUGCCGACAACUCCAGGGCGGACAGCGGCUCAGCGGCGGACGAGUCCGGCCUUGGCGGGUCACCGGCCGCCGGUCAGCAGCAGCAGCAGCAGCAGCAGCAGGACGACCCCAGUGACCCGCUGUCUCGGCUGAAGAGCCUGGCGGUAGCGGCCAGCGGCGACGGCCGCCAGGAGCCGGGUAUGCCGCCCUCGUCCAUGGCAGACGAUAAGAUGAUGGCAGACCAGCAGCGGCAGCAGCUGCAGGGCCAGCAUCAGCAGAUGCAGCAGCAGCAGCAGCAGCAGCAGCACCUGCCGGCUCCACACCAGCAGCAGCAGCACCAUCCGCAGCAGCAGAUGCAGCACCGAGGGAUGUCUCACCAGCAGUCGCCCUACCAUCCGGACCUGGCCCAGAAGCAGCAGCAGCACCAGCAGUCUCUGGCGUACCAGGGCGCCGGUCAGCAGCGUGGCGACCAGGCCGGUGACGAGUUCAUGGAUACACACAUAUUCGACCUGAGCCACAAGCCGGGCAUGGAACAGCAGUCGGCGCAGGACCUCAGUGGCGGCGGCGGCCAGGGUCUAGACCUGUCGCACCUCCCCCAGCAGCAGCAGUCGGGUGGCCUGCACGGUCAGCUGGGGGGCCAGUCCGGCCGGAUGGACCACCAGGCCAGGAUGGAGCUGCAGCUGGCCGGUCAGCCGGCCAGGGUCAGCCACCCGAUGGACGGCCAGGCGGGCCACGGCCGGCUCGGCGGCGGCUCGGCUGGCUCCAUGUCACAGCUGGACCAGCGACUAGGGCUGACGCACGGCCACUCGAUGCUGUCCCAGCCGCACGACCUGUCGAUGCACGGCCAGCAGCCGGCGCUGGCGGCGCCCGAGCCGCCGCCGCCGCCGCGGUACGGCCUGCCGGCGGCGUCCCAGUACGGCGGCUCCCACCAGGCGCGCACGCCCGGCAUGGAGCAGUACGGCGCCGGCGGCGCGGACGGCUCCCAGCUGCAGACGCACCGGCACAAGGCGGCGCCGAGCCGCCCCAAGUCCGGCUACCCGCCGCACCAGUCACCGGCGCUGCACCAGCCCCACCUGCAGCUGGCGCCCGAGCCGAGCCACGCGCCGCCCCAACCGCCUCCGCAGCAUCUCGGCGGCGGCAUCGACGACCUGAUCGCCGGCUUCGACCUGAGCCGGCCGACGUACAGCAGCGCGCCGGCGCCGACGGCCGUCAGCCUGGGCGGUGUCUCCACGGCGCCGCUGCCCUCUUUCUCGACGGUGUCGCAGCUGCCGCUGCCCUCGUUCUCCAGCGUGGCGUCGUCGGGUGGCGGCGGCGGCGGCGGCGGCCAGCCGGCGCCGCUGCGCGAGCCGCUGCCGCAGCCGCAGCCGAUGGACACGGCGGCCCCGUCGGCGGCGCCGCCGGUGACGGCCGCCUCUGGCAGCGGCAGCUCGCGGCUGGCCGAGGAGCCGUUCCCCUGGGAGCUGGGUGGCCAGUACCCGGCCGCCUACAGCCGCGAACUCGGCUACGCCGGCUACCCGCCCUACAGCAUGGCCUACAGCCAGCCGCCGGGCGCGUACGGCGCGCCGGCGCCCUACCCGGCCUACGGCCUGUACGGCGCCGCGUCGGCGGCCAACUACGGGGCGUACCGGUACCCGGCCGGCUACCAGCCGUUCGGCGGCCCGUUCGGCGUGCCGGGCCUGCCGCAGCCGUACGGCUCAGCCGAGCCGAGCGUCUCGGCGGCCGACUUCUCGCUGGGCGGCGCAAUGGCUCCCGGCGAGCCCACCUACCGGCGGCCGCAGUAGCCGCCGCUAGCCGCGGCACGGACUGACAGGGUCAGCGGAGCGACAUGCGCGCCCGGCCGCCCGCCGGGCUGUACAGGCCGUGUGCAGGAGCUCCAACAAAGCGCUAUUGGUGGACCUUCUACGUGUAUAUUUAAAGUGUUGCCAAAGGCAUUCUGUCCCUCUUCUAUAGGGGUCCGUUAUCUCUAGUCGUACAAACCGUAGGACUGCUUUGAACGUUUUAUUCAGGACAAUUGUUGCAAGGAUAUGUCUUUUAUGCUUUGCUUCGUUAAUCGAGCGGUUGUACCUUUCUGAGUGGAUGGACCAGCUGAUAGUCGCUUCACUGUGUAUUUGUGUGAUACGAGGCGCGUCUUUGUAACCCCAUGGCGAGAGUAUCGCCGCACCAUUGAUUGAUCAGCUGCCCGAUUACCAUACAUUGUUUGGUAGUGUCGCCUACAUCACUGUUCAGACUAAGGGCGGCGCACCCGUUUGUGUUUCAUCGAGAAGGGACGUAGUGAGGCCGUGUCGACUGUAAAUGUGCGCCCGUGCGAGUUGGUCCGGCGGCCUCUGUGAGGCGCGUCGGCCGGCGCGCGGCCGCUGCUGUCGUUCUAUCUGCUGCCAGCCUCUCGGCCUGCCGUCGGCCGCCGCCGCUGGUUUCGGCGGUCGCCAGCGGCUUCACUUCGUGUAAUAAUAAUAUACGGUAUUGCCUGGCAGGCACCCUGUG